CCCCUAGGGGCCCCUGCGGGCGAGGAGGAAGCGCCAGGUCCUUCCCGCCGCCCGCCGGCUCGCCUGGCACGCGCCCAGCCGCCGUCGCCAGCCGCAGCUCCGCAUCCCAGGAGGACCCGCCGCGCCGCGCCAUGGGCAAGCGCCUGCUGCUCGUCUUGCGCCAGCUCCGCUGCCCGCUGCAGCCUCCGGGCCCGCCACGCCGCCUCCAUGUGCCCUGUCGCGCCAGCAGCGGCGGCGGCGGAGGGGGCAGCGGUGGCGGGGAGGGCCUGCUCGGGCAGCGGCGGCUGCAGAAUGGCCAGGCCCCGAGCAGCUGCAGCCCGGGCGGCCGCACGCCCGCGAUGCGAGACUCGAUCGUCAGAGAAGUCAUUCAGAGUUCAAAAGAAGUUCUGAGUUUAUUGCAAGAAAAAAACCCUGCCUUCAAGCCGGUUCUUGCAAUUAUCCAGGCAGGUGAUGACAACUUGAUGCAGGAAAUGAACCAGAAUUUGGCUGAGGAGGCUGGUCUGAACAUCACUCACAUUUGCCUCCCUCCAGAUAGCAGUGAAGCCGAGAUUAUAGAUGAAAUUUUAAAGAUGAAUGAAGAUACCAGAGUACAUGGCCUUGCCCUUCAGAUCUCUGAGAACUCGUUCAGCAACGAAGUCCUCAAUGCCUUGAAACCAGAAAAAGAUGUGGAUGGAGUAACAGACAUAAACCUGGGGAAGUUGGUACGAGGGGAUGCCCAUGAGUGUUUUGUUUCACCGGUUGCCAAAGCUGUAAUUGAACUCCUUGAAAAAUCAGUAGGUGUCAACCUCAAUGGAAAGAAGAUUUUGGUAGUCGGGGCCCAUGGAUCUUUGGAAGCUGCUCUACAAUGUCUGUUCCAGAGAAAAGGGUCCAUGACAAUGAGCUCCCAGUGGAAAACACCCCAGCUUCAAAGCAAGCUUCACGAAGCUGACAUUGUGGUCCUAGGCUCACCUAGGCCAGAAGAGAUUCCCCUUACUUGGAUACAACCCGGAACAACUGUUCUCAACUGCUCCCAUGACUUCCUGUCAGGGAAGUUUGGGGGUGGCUCUCAGAGAGGACAUUUUGGUGGCCUCAUUGAGGAAGAUGAUGUGAGUCUCCUUGCUGCAGCUCUGCGAGUUCAGAAUAUGGUCAGUAGUGGAAGGAGAUGGCUUCGUGAACAGCAGCACCGGCGGUGGAGACUUCACUGCUUGAAACUUCAGCCUCUGUCCCCUGUGCCAAGUGACAUUGAGAUUUCAAGAGCACAAACUCCAAAAGCUGUGGAUGUCCUUGCCAAGGAGAUUGGAUUGCUUGCAGAUGAAAUUGAAAUCUAUGGCAAAAGCAAAGCCAAAGUACGUUUGUCUGUGCUGGAGAGGUUAAAGGACCAAGCAGAUGGGAAAUACGUCUUAGUUGCUGGGAUCACGCCCACGCCUCUUGGAGAAGGGAAGAGCACAGUCACCAUAGGGCUUGUGCAAGCUCUGACGGCGCACCUGAAUGUCAACUCCUUUGCCUGUCUGAGGCAGCCUUCCCAAGGACCGACAUUUGGAGUGAAAGGAGGAGCCGCCGGUGGUGGAUAUGCCCAGGUCAUCCCCAUGGAGGAGUUCAACCUUCACUUGACUGGAGACAUCCAUGCCAUCACAGCUGCCAAUAACUUGCUGGCUGCCGCCAUCGACACCAGGAUUCUGCAUGAAAACACGCAAACUGAUAAGGCUCUGUAUAAUCGGCUGGUUCCUUUAGUGAAUGGUGUCAGAGAAUUUUCAGAAAUCCAGCUUGCUCGGCUAAAAAAAUUGGGAAUAAAUAAGACUGAUCCAAGCACACUGACAGAAGAGGAAGUGAGUAAAUUUGCCCGUCUCAGCAUCGACCCGUCUACCAUCACGUGGCAGAGAGUAUUGGAUACCAACGACCGAUUUCUACGAAAAAUAACCAUCGGGCAGGGAAGCACAGAGAAGGGCUAUUCCCGGCAGGCGCAGUUUGACAUCACGGUGGCCAGCGAGAUCAUGGCGGUGCUGGCCCUGACGGACAGCCUCGCAGACAUGAAGGCCCGGCUGGGAAGGAUGGUGGUGGCCAGUGACAAAAGCGGACAGCCUGUGACAGCAGAUGAUUUGGGGGUGACAGGUGCUUUGACAGUUUUGAUGAAAGAUGCAAUAAAACCAAAUCUGAUGCAGACCCUGGAAGGGACACCUGUAUUUGUGCAUGCAGGCCCGUUUGCUAACAUUGCUCAUGGCAACUCUUCAGUGUUGGCUGAUAAAAUUGCCCUGAAACUGGUUGGUGAAGAAGGCUUCGUAGUGACUGAAGCUGGCUUUGGUGCUGACAUCGGAAUGGAGAAAUUCUUCAACAUCAAGUGCCGCGCUUCCGGCCUGGUGCCCGACGCGGUUGUGUUGGUGGCAACGGUGCGGGCUCUGAAGAUGCACGGAGGCGGGCCCAGUGUAACCGCUGGUGUUCCUCUUAAGAAAGAAUACACAGAGGAGAACAUCCAGCUGGUGGCAGACGGCUGCUGUAACCUCCAGAAGCAAAUUCAGAUCGCUCAGCUCUUUGGGGUUCCCGUUGUGGUGGCUCUGAAUGUCUUCAAGACCGACACCCGCGCUGAGAUUGACUUGGUGUGUGAGCUUGCAAAGCGGGCUGGUGCCUUUGAUGCUGUCCCCUGCUAUCACUGGUCAAUUGGUGGAAAAGGGUCUGUGGACUUGGCUCGGGCUGUGAGAGAGGCUGCCAGUAAAAGAAGCCGAUUCCAGUUCCUGUACGAUGUUCAGCUUCCAAUUGUGGAAAAGAUAAGAACCAUUGCCCAGGCUGUCUAUGGAGCCAAAGAUAUUGAACUCUCUCCUGAGGCACAAGCCAAAAUAGAUCGUUAUACUCAACAGGGUUUUGGAAAUUUGCCCAUCUGCAUGGCAAAGACCCACCUUUCUCUGUCUCACCAACCUGACAAAAAAGGUGUGCCAAGAGACUUCAUCUUACCCAUCAGUGAUGUCCGAGCCAGCAUAGGCGCUGGGUUCAUUUACCCUUUGGUUGGAACGAUGAGCACCAUGCCGGGACUGCCCACUCGUCCCUGCUUUUAUGACAUAGAUCUUGAUACCGAAACAGAACAAGUGAAAGGCUUGUUCUAAGUGGACAAGGCUCUCACAGGACCUGAUGCAGGCUCCUGAAACAGGCUAUUCUUUGCCUUUUUGCUGCAGUUGGAGAAGAAACUGACUUUGAAAAAUGCCUGUUACGCAAUGUUGGAGACAUGGUGAAAUCAGCCAAGGAUUUCUUCUUCAUUCAAGAUGAAUUCUCUUCACAGAGAAAUAUAGUGUUCAGGAAAAGGACCUCCACCAAGUCAGAAAGAAACUAAGACAUUUCUGUUUCUAUUAGAGUUUACAUUAUUUCUACUGCUUACACUUUAGAAUGUUUACUUUAUGGGGACUAAGGGAUGACAAGAGUGUGAACUAAAAGGUAACAUUUUCCACUCUCAAGUUUUCCACUUUGUCUUUGAACUGAAAAUAAACAUGGAUCUAGAAAACCAA